AUGGCUUCAGACGCUGUUGUUUCAAGCAUCAAAGUGAUGAACCAGGAUCUUGUCAAGUUAGAUCGAUUUGAUGGAACAAAUUACACAAGAUGGCAAGACAAGAUGACAUUCCUAUUGACUGCCCUGAAGGUUCACUAUGUUCUUGAUCCCGACCUACAACCAAUACCUGAACCAACAGAAAAUGAUUCGGAAGAACUCAAGAAGGAGCGCAAGAAACGCAAGGAGGACGAACUGCUUUGUCGUGGACACAUUCUGAAUACUUUAUCUGAUCGUCUCUACGACCUCUACACAGACAAUCCAUCAGCAACAGAAAUAUGGAAGGCACUAGAAUUCAAGUUCAAGGCUGAAGAGGAAGAUUCUAAGCCCAUUCUUCCCCAAGUGCAUGAAUUGCAAGUUCUGGUCAAUAAAAUAAAGGCAGUAAAAAUAAACAUCCUUGAGACCUUCCAAGUCGGUGCAAUUAUUGCAAAAUUACCACCUUCAUGGAAAGGCUACCGAAAGAAAUUGUUGCACAGUUCCGAGGACUUCUCCUUGGAGAAAAUUCAGAAACAUCUUCGAAUCGAGGAGGAAUCGAAGGAGAGGGAGAAAUCAGAACCCCCUACUCAUUUCAAAACAAACGUUGUGACCAACAAGGGAAAGAAGAGACAUGAUGGCAUGAAGAGUCAUCUUGGACCAAAGAAAGAACAUAACAAGUUCAAGAACUCUGGCGGUCAUAAAGGUCCAAAGAACGGAUGUUUCGUAUGCGGUAAACCUGGACACUAUGCUCGAGAUUGCAGACAAAAUAAAGCAAAAAAUGAGAUCAAUGCAAUUCGAUCAGAUGAUGACAUAAUUGCUACAGUGAGCGAAAUUAUGGCAAUCAAAGGAAAAGUUCAAGGAAAAGCACUUUUGACAGAUAGGGAGAACAUUGCAGUAUGUUGA